UAUUACGUUGAAUUUGGUUUCUUCACUGCAUCACGGUACAUUUGAGUAGUUUAGCAUGCUUUGAUUGACAUUUAUGCAACGUCUUGCCAAGCAUCACACAGCAUCGUUGUUUAUACUACGGCUGCUUGCACAUUCAAAAGUCAAACACUUAUCUUUGACGUUUCACAGUGUGGGGACAGUGUUGAAUCGACUUUCGAUGCAAGUUGCUACUCGUGCAACCAACUAAAAACUUGUGAAAUAAAACGUUCGAAAAUAAUAAUUAAAGUGGUUAAUUUAAAAAUAAAACAGUAAAAUCGGGUUGUCAUGGCACAGAGACAACAUUUCCAUUGGUCGCAUGGAUUGCUGGUGGAGCUUGCAAACCCACGUGGCUGGAUUUUGCAAAGCAAAAAUGCCGUUGUCAUUCCGGAUAAAUUCCCAAAAGCAAUGUAUCAUUUUUUGGUUUUGCCCAAAGAAAAUAUUCCAAGCAUUUUCGAGUUGAGAAAAGAUGACUUGGGAUUGUUGAAUGAAAUGUAUUCGAUGGCAUUGAAUAUAAUCAAAGUCAAUGGUCGUGAGACGGAUGAAUUCAAGAUUGGCUACCACGCUGAGCCGAGUUUGUUGCAACUUCAUCUGCACGUCAUCUCAACGGACUUCCAUUCACCUACUCUAAAAACGGACAGACAUUGGAAUUCGUUCAACACGAAACUGUUCAUACCACAUCACGAAUUAGUGGGUCGAAUCAUAUUCCAAGGAAGGAUUUUGAAAAUGGAUCCAUUGUUGGUGAACGCUCUUCGUCAGACACCAUUGAAAUGCCAUCGAUGCCGCACUGCACCCGAAAAAAUUCAAGAUUUGAAAUCGCAUCUAAUGCUUCAUUUGAAAUGCGCCACAGUCGCUACAGAGGUAUUUAUGAUAACCAAAAUGGGUAGCUGGUCGCUGGGAUUGCUGAAUACCAUGAAAGAUCCAAACAAUUGGAUUAUUUCAAACAAAGAAGCCAUUGUGAUGGUUGACAAGUUCCCGAAAGCAGAAUUUCAUUUUCUGGUUUUGCCCAAAGAAAAUAUUCCCAACAUUUUUCAGCUGUCAAAAGACCACUUGAAUCUGUUGAAUGAGAUGUAUUUGCUGGCGCAAAAUGUGAUCGAGAUCAAGGGUAAACAACUGGAUGAGUUCAAGAUUGGAUAUCACGCGGAGCCGAGUAUGCAACAAGUUCACUUGCAUGUAAUAUCAACCGAUUUCAAUUCGCCGGCGUUGAAAACGAAGAAGCAUUGGAAUUCAUUCACCACGGAAUUUUUCGUGCCUCAUGAAGAUCUUGUUAAACAAAUCGAAGUAAACGGGAAGGUGUCGAAGCUCAACGCGGACGUAGCAAAGGAUCUUUUGUCAACGCCGCUUAAAUGUCAUCGCUGUGAUGCAAAGCCAAAAACGAUACCUGACCUAAAAGCGCACAUUCUGCAACAUUUGAAAUAAUAACAAUGCCACAUCCAUGUCCAAAGUUCCAAAUAAAAAAACACAAUCAAAUCAAACUCAA